UACACACUGACCAUUGCACUGGCACCGACGCCGCUGCCGCAAAAAUAUCGUUUGUCCCACCAUUUUUCGAAUUGUUUUAGACGCGAUCAGUGAACGGCAGCAGUUGAUUUAUUUAUGCAUAAUUGCAUUCAAUUAUAAGUGUGCGGUUACUUGGAGCUAGGCAUAUUAGUGGCAAUUAAGUGUUGAAUGUUUGUUUAUUAAAGUCGCAGCAUCUCGGCGAGAGCAAGUGGAAAUAAAACAUAAAACAACUCGAAUUGAGAGAUAAUCCAGUGCCCGAUUGUAACGUCGAACCAUGUCAGACUCUGUUGCCGUUGCUCUGCGCGUGCGCCCGCUGGUUAAGUCGGAGGUGGAGCGCGGCUGCCGCAUUGCCGUGCAGCGCCCCGUGGAUGGGAUUCCUCAGGUGACCGUGAAUUGCAGCGACUCGUUCACCUACAACUACGUGUUCGACAGCAGCGAUUCGCAGCAGCAUGUGUACGAGGCGUGUGUGCGGAGCAAGCUGAAGAAGCUGCUCCAUGGAUACAACGUGACGAUACUCGCCUACGGCCAGACGGGCUCUGGCAAGACCUACACGAUGGGAACUGCGUUCGAUGGGGUCAUGGAUGACAAUGUGGGCGUGAUACCGCGUGCAGUGCACGAAAUCUUUGAGGAGACGGCCGCCAUGGAGGAGGAGUUCCAUUUCAAAAUCACCUGCUCCUUUGUAGAACUGUAUCAAGAGCAGUUCUACGACCUGUUCUCGCCCAACAAGCGCGAGGACAGCACUGUAGACAUACGCGAGGACAAGAACCGCAUUGUCCUGCCGGGACUCACCGAGGUCGAGGUCAAGCACGCCAAGCAUGUCACCGACCAACUGAUGCGCGGCUCCUCAGGCCGCGCAGUCGCCGCCACAGCUAUGAAUGAGACGUCGUCCCGUUCGCACGCUAUCUUCACAUUGACUGUUGUCACCACCAGAAAGACUGGCCAGAAGACAGUGACGACUUCCAAGUUCAGCCUGGUCGAUCUGGCGGGCUCUGAGCGCUGCUCAAAGACGCUCGCUUGUGGGGAUCGUUUCAAGGAAGGCGUCAACAUCAACAAGGGCCUCCUCGCGCUGGGCAACGUCAUCAAUGUGCUGGGCUCUGGCCAAACGGCGGGCUAUGUGCCCUAUCGACAGUCCAAGCUGACGCGCCUGCUGCAGGACUCGCUGGGUGGCAAUUCGAUUACCCUUAUGAUUGCCUGUGUCAGUCCCGCGGACUAUAACGUCGCCGAGACGCUCAGCACAUUGAGGUAUGCGGAUCGCGCACUGCAGAUCAAGAACAAGCCCGUCGUGAAUAUGGACGCUCAUGCGGCUGAGGUAAUGAUGCUCAAGGACAUCAUACAGAACUUGCGCGUCAAGUUGCUAGCCUGUGGCGGAGGCGGCGGCGAUGGCAAUGGCCUUGGCAUUGACGGUCCCUGUAUGAACGGCUCCUCAGGGCUGAAGGAGCAGCGCCUUAACGAACAGUUGGAGCAGCUACAGCAGGCGAACGCUCGCAUUGAAAAGAAGAAUCAAAGACUGCAGCAGGAGCUGCACCAGGCACUCAUCGAUCUGGCCGAGAAUGAGAUGCGUGCCCACAUAGCAGAGGUCACGCACGACAAGCUCAAAGCGCACGUGCUCGAGCUGAAGUCGAAACUGACCGAGACGGCAAUGCCCAAGGCAGAAGAGCAGGGUGUGCAGCACGAGCCGGAUCAGUCACAGCAGCUACUGGAUACGAGGUGGCAGGAGCAGAUGCGCGAAAUCACGCAGCUUGUGACGUGCGUGGACGAGGAGCUGCAGCAGACGGAAACCGCACUGCAGGCGCAUCGCAAGGAAUGCCUCAACGGUGGCAACAGCAACGGCAGCAGCAGCGAGGACUCCAACUUUGGCAGCGAGGAGACGCACGAGCUGCUGCAGUCGCGCACCGAGGAGCACACGAUGAAGCAGCUGAAUCUGAACGGCGAACUGCGCAACAUAAAUCGCCAGCUGGACAUAAAGCAGGAGCUGCACGACCGCGUCACGCGCAACUUUAGCAAACUCCAAGAUGAUGGCAUCGACGAGAAGUUCAAACAGUGCGAGCAGAAGAUCGAGCAGCUGGAAUCGGAGCGACGUGAGCUGAUGGACCAGCUGCGUACCACCAAGCAAAAGGACACAUCCGCCAAGCUGGCCGAGGAGCGGCGCAAGCGGCUGCAGGUGCUCGAGCAGGAGAUUGUCGACAUGCGUCGGAAGAUCGUGCAGCAGGCAAAUAUGUUAAAGAUGCGCGAAAAAGAGCGCGAAAAGAUCCAGAACCUCAGCACCGAGAUACGCGCCAUGAAGGAGUCAAAGGUAAAGCUAAUACGCGCCAUGCGCGGCGAGUCCGAGCGCUUCCGCCAGUGGAAAAUGAUGAGCGAGAAGCAGCUGACGCAGCUCAAGAGCAAGGAUCGCAAGAUGCAGAGCGAGAUGGCGCGCCAGCAGACGCUGCACGCAAAGCAGCGCCUGGUGCUCAAGCGCAAGUGCGAGGAGGCGCUGGCCACCAACAAGCGGCUCAAGGAUGCACUGGAACGGCAGAGAGCGGCGCAGGCGCAACGUCAGCGUCAUGCCAAGGAUCAGCCGGGUGCAGCCAAGCUAGAUGCUUUGGUGGAUCGCGAACUGGAGGUGAUUCUCUCGCUGAUCGACGCCGAGCACAGUCUGGAACAGCUAAUGGAGGAUCGUGCCAUCAUCAAUGCCCACUGCUCGGAAAUUAGAGCGCAGCAGCAGCAGGAGCCGCAGCCAGACGCAGAACAGGCUCAGCUACUGGCCAGCCUCGAGGAGGAACUGGAGAUGCGCAAUGCCCAAAUAGCAGAUCUGCAGCAGAAGGUCUGCUCCAACGAUCUAGACAGUCGCAUGGCUGCGCUAUGCGACAGCGUCCAGAGCAUAGGCGAGUCGCGUGCAAUUAAUAAGCAGCUGCUCAAGAGUCUCGUGCAGCAGCGGCGCGAACAGGCGCAGGGCAUCAUGGAGCAGAAGGUGCUGGUGGACGAGCAGCGCAGCCAGCUGAACGAGGCGCAGCAGCGGCACGAGGAGCUGACCAAACGCCUGCGCCAGGCGGAGAGAGAGCACGAGCAACUGAUGGCUAGCCAGCAGCGCAGUUACGAGGAGAAGGUUGCGGUGCUGCUGCGCAGCUCGCAUGCGCUGGGUGGCGCUGAUUCCCAAAAGCCCGAAGAUCUGGAGCGCCAGAAAAUAGUCGAGGAGCUGCUCAGCACCAAGGAGGCGCUGCAGCAGGAGCUCGAUCGCAUCAAGUCCAAACAAAAAGCAACAAAGAAGCCCCAGCCCGCCGACGAGACAGUUAUCUUUCUUAACGAUAGCGUGCUAAGCGACGGACAUGAGGAUUCAGACAGCGAUCCCGACUGGGUGCCAUUGAAAAAACGUUCCAAGAAGUCGCAUUCAGACACCGCAACGCUGGAAGCAGCUAGCGAGGGCGACAAUCCCAACGGCAGCACUAGCAUCAAUAACAAUACCACCGCCAACAACAGCCUGCAGGGCUCCAUAGACAUGAGCUCGAUAACGGAUGAGACGCGCAAAGGAGCGAAGUGCUGUAAAUGCCGCAAAAAUUGCAACACGAAGCGUUGCGGCUGUUUCUCGACAAGCAGCGGCUGCAGCAGCUCCUGCAAGUGCCGGGGCAACUGCCAGAAUCCAGUUAACAAUGCCGACAAGGAGAACUCCACGCCCAGCACAGCUCAGAAUAUGACAGUUACGGUGAGCAGCGACGUCACGGAAGUCGAGCAGGAUGCGGAUGCCGAUGCAGAUGUGAUCAAAUCGAAAGAUCACACCAAUCCCGGGCCACUCUCCAGUCCGAACUCUGUGCUGGAGAAGCGUAACUCCCGACUGACCAGAAACUCGGAGCUGCUCCUGCAUACGCCCUCAACUAAAAAUAAAUUCUUCUAAGCGGAGUCCUGCUCCUUAUCCCCCUUUCUACAGGGCAGAUUCUAACUUUUAAAUUAUUACGUUAAUGUUUUGUAUUUUGAAUAUUGUGUUAAGUGAAAGUUGUUGUUAAUGUGUAUCACUAUCAAUUUCAGUUAGUUCUGUUUUCCUAUGCUCAUGUACGUUUAAUUGCAAGAACUGAUGAGAUACGUACAUAUAUCCUAUAUUUAUUUAAAA